AUGGCUCCGAGUAUAGCCGUCGUGGUUGCAUCAUCCACCAACCACCACCCAUACAGUCCCUGUCCCCUCGCUCCCACAAAGAAGGAAGAGACGAGGAGCGGAGCAGGGGAGGCAGAAGAGGAGGCUUUGAGGGAAAGGAACGAGGAACUGGAGAGAGAGCUGAAGAAGAGCUUGGAGAGGGAGGGGGAAAUGAGGGAGGAACUGCAGAGGACCUCCCAGAGACUCAAAGCCAUUGAGGAGGCAGAGGAGCGCCUCUGCGAGAUUGAAGCGGAAGCCCUCGACCAGGCACGCGCCUAUCACAUCCAAAACAGAUCCCUCAUGGACCAACUCUCCCAAGCUCACAAGCUUCUUCAGGCCACCAACCACACCAGCCUGCUCCUCUUGGGGGGGAGGGGGGGGGAGAGGAUCUUCAGAUUGGAUCGGCCCCGCCCUCCCAGGCCAGACAGCGACAACAACAACAAUAGCAAUUAA